AUUAGUAAACUCUGGAACACAAUAUAAACGUUGAAUCAAAACUCUUCAUAACUAAAACACACGAUCAGGUGAAUCAAACCGAACCAAACCGAACUAAUCUGAACCCAAGUUUACCCCAAAAAUAAAAACCAAAGAAAUAGUUGUUAACCAACCGGCCAACCCGAGAGCGAACCGGGUUAGGUUAAAUUCUGUUACGUUGAUUCGAUUGGCGAUCAGAAUAACUGAUCACACACUUGUAACCAACCACCAUAUUCAACCAUUGCAGUUGCAGAUCGUGAACACACUCUCCUACCCUACCUUACCAUUCCAUGGCACCACCAUUCAAACGACGGCGUGGUGGUACCGGCGUUACACCGUCACAUUUCCUCGAUCGGAGAUUCAGAGUAUUCUUCUCCAGAAAGUACAUCUUCCGAUACCUCCUUUCAAUCCUCGCACUCAUCGCUAUCCUUCCUCCGGUUUACUUUCACUUCACUCUCCGUCGUUUUCAUCAGCUGGAGUUGAAAAAGUGCAGCUGGCUAAACAAUCCUCCUCUUGUGUGUGCUCAUGGUGGUGAUGCUUCCAAGGCCUUCCCUAAUACAAUGACUGCUUACAAUAUUGCUCUUCGUUCUCAAGUAGACUGCAUUGAGAUUGAUGUUUCCCGUUCUGCUGAUGGGGUUUUGUUUGCUCUUCAUGACAGGGAUUUGCAGCAUUUAUCGGGGAACAGUUCAUCCAAGGUUGGAUACCUGAGUGCAAAGGAGAUAAAAGAGUUGGAUGCUUCUCACAAUAUAACCAUUCCUACAAUGGAAGAGGCACUCCAGUUGAUUUCAAGUUCCGUUCAGAAGGUGGUCGUUGAUGCAAAAAUUGGACCUCCGUCGUAUGAAAAGGGUCUUGCACAUGAUCUAAUAUCGGUUGUCAAGAGAACACAAUGCAAUAAUUGUGUUAUAUGGGCUAAAAGUGACAACUUAGUGAUGGAUGUAAUUUUACAGUCAUCAGAUAUGACAGUAGGCUACAUUGUUAUGAUGAAUUUUUCUACUGGGGUCAGAACAAAGUUGUUGAGGAUGAGACUUGCUGAUGUUGUUGGAAUUUACCACGGUCUAGUUGACGAAUCAGUUGUGAAAAUUCUGCACAGGAGGAAGAAGAAGGUUUAUGCAUGGACUGUUGAUGAUGAAGCAGGGAUGCAUAAAAUGUUGAAUGAAAAUGUGGAUGCCAUUAUCACAAGUCAUCCAUCUUUGCUUCAGAGUUCCAUGCGAGAUAUUAGAAAAAAAUGCCUUGUUGAUGGGUUUUCUAUAGAAGGAUUGUGAGAACUAUUAUACUGAUAAUGCUUGAAAGUCUUGAUUUUUUUUCCAUCUUUGAUUGAAGCGAUCUAAUUGGAAUAAUAUUUUCUCAUUUUUGUUGUUGA